AGCCAUGCGAAUUCUCUCCCCCGAUGCAAGAACAGCGAGCUAACCAGUAGCCCAAAGCCCAUCUCAAAUGCCAAAGGCCGAGUCCUUGCUCAAGAAGAGCAGCCUCAGCCCAAGCAAACCGUUGAAAACAGCUUCUUGAACUCACCCAUCUGAUCAAACAACUCGCUUCCUUCUGUUGCGAGAUAAACUCGAAUUUUUUCUACUCGAGCUCAUCUUCUGACAGACAUCGUUUCGCGUGAUGAAGUGGGAGAGAUUUCUAUCGAUUCCGAUAUUUGCCGUGUUCCUUCUGAUGGGUUUUGUUUAUUACAUCACCCUGUUCGUUUCCAUUGAAGAUUGGGUCGGUUUACGGAGCUCGGACGGAUCGUUUCACGCCUUGGCCUUCAGUUUCUUGGCUUUCUACAGUGUUUUCUCGUUCUUCGUCUGCGUGCUCACUGACCCGGGACACGUUCCUCCUUCUUACGUCCCUGAUGUUGAAGAUAGGGAGCUCUCGGAUCAAGAAUUUAGGAGAAAUGUUACACAUCAAAGGAAAUGUGAGAUUUGUUCUACAUACAAGCCUCAAAGAUGUCAUCAUUGCCGAACCUGCAGAAGGUGUGUUUUGAGGAUGGAUCAUCACUGUCGAUGGAUCAACAACUGUGUUGGUUACUGGAACUACAAGGCCUUUUUUAUACUUGUCUUCUUUGCUACUGUAGCAAGCAUCUAUUCAAUGGUCAUCUUUAUAGCAUGUGUUCUCCAAAAGGACUGGGAAGUUUUGGGACGAUCUCACCUCAAGGUUCUUUAUGUUACAUGUGGAACAUCUGUGAUUGGCCUGAGUAUGACGCUGGGUUCUUUGUUGUGCUGGCAUGUCUACCUCAUGACCAAUAACAUGACAACCAUAGAGUAUUACGAAGGAGUACGAGCACGAUGGCUGGCAAAAAAAUCUGGGCAGAGCUAUCGUCAUCCGUUCAACCUUGGUGUUUACAGAAACGUGACAUCGGUCCUUGGCCCAAACAUGCUAAAAUGGUUACUGCCAACAGCAGUAAGCCAUUUAAAGGACGGUAUCAGCUUCCGCAUUGCACAUGAUACGAGGCAGACAACAUGAAACAAGAUUAUCGGGCAACCUAUUCAAUUGUUCUUCUCUUCCGGAGUUGGAACGUCGUCAAAGAAUUGAGGCGGAAAGUGGAGUUCCAUGACCUCAAGCCUGUCAACUCGGAUGCAUACAAUCUUGUAGGAAAGACUCACGAUAUUAGAAAGUUGGUAGACACGCGGAAUGACUAUUCUUCAUCACGUCGAGUGUGUCGAAACAUGACGCGUGCAGUUGCAGGUAUCACUGCUGUCAAUAUUCAUUACUUGUACAUCAAGGUUUUUUUUUUGUUAUCAUAUAUCCACUCUUCUAUAUUUAA